CAGUUCCUCUCUUUCUCGUUCUUGUUUUCCCUUUCCUUUUCACUGUGAUAAACAGCGUACCUAUGGAAAAACUAAAACUAUAAAUUUAUAGCCAAUCCGAACAAACUGUAGGGUUUGCUUUCCGACCCACCCCAAGACGGACUCGCCCAAAAACCCUAGCUAGAUAAGCUACCUCUAACACAUUCUAUAAACGAUCUCCCAAUUGUUUUGAUCCCAAUAAAGUAGAAAAAUAAGGUAAGCUCUCACAAACUCUUUUCACUGGUCUCUCUCAUCCUUUUCCAUCGCCUUUUUCACUAUUCAUCUCAAUCUCAAGAGCCCAGUUCUAACGCUGUGUGUCUCUGAAAAACCCAGAUAGAAAAAAUAAAAAAAAGUAAAAAAUUUUCUUGGUAAACGUACUUAAUUAGAGUAAGAAAAGUUCUUGGGACGUGAAGGAAUACUUGCUAGGGUUUAGGAUUUGAAAGGGGUUUUAGGAUUUAAAGGUUUUAGGUUCAUGGCUGAUCUUGAAAAGGCGAUACUCAUAAUCUUUGACGAAUCUGGAACCGUUGACUCGGAGUUGAAACAAAAGGCGAAAGAAUAUUGUGACAAAAUUAAGGAAGAACGGGCCAUUUGUAGAAUUUGCAUCGACAGGUUAUGUUUUUCCAGCCUUGUUCAGGUACAAUUUUGGUGCUUACAGACUCUUCAUGAAGUUAUCCGUGUGGGGUACUCGUCGAUAAGCCCGGACGAGAUGUAUUUGAUUAGAAAAUCGGUGUUUUCAAUUGUGUGUUUCGAGGGUUUUGAUGACAAUGGUGUUGUUAGGGUUUUAGAUGGUCCUGCAUUUAUAAAGAACAAGCUUGCUCAGGUCUUGGUGACUUUAAUUUAUUUUGAAUACCCCUUAAUUUGGUCUUCUGUCUUUAUUGAUUUCUUGCCUCAUUUGAGCAAAGGGGCGGCGGUGAUCGAUAUGUUUUGUCGAGUUUUGAAUUCCUUGGAUGAUGAGUUGAUUAGUUUGGAUUACCCAAGAACGCCUGAGGAAAUGGCAGUUGCUGGACGGGUAAAGGACGCAAUGAGGCAACAGUGUGUAACUCAGAUAGUCAGAGCUUGGUAUGAUAUCAUAUCCAUGUAUAGAAAUUCUGAUCAAGAACUUUGUACUAAUGUAUUAGAUUCCAUGGGGAGGUAUAUUUCUUGGAUUGAUAUUGGCUUAAUUGUCAAUGAUGCUUUUGUUCCAUUAUUGUUUGAGUUGGUUUUGGUUGAUGGGCUGUCAGAACAACUGCGCGGUGCUGCAGCUGGGUGUUUGUUGGCUGUGGUUUCAAAGCGAAUGGAGUAUCAAACAAAACUGUCUUUGUUGAGAAGUCUUCAAAUAAGUAGGGUGUUUGGGUUGGUAACUGAGGAUGGUGAUUCAGAAUUGGUUCUGAGAAUAGCUACGCUUCUUACUGGGUAUGCAGUGGAGGUUUUAGAGUGCUUUAAACGGUUGAACGCUGAGGAUGCAAAAGGCAUCUCAAUGGAGCUUUUGGAUGAAGUUUUGCCCUCUGUUUUUUAUGUAAUGCAGAACUGUGAGUUGGACAGCACAUUUAGUAUUGUACAGUUUCUCUCAAGUUAUGUUGCCACAAUGAGGAGUCUUUCCCCAUUGAGGGAGAAACAACUGCUUCAUGUGGGUCAAAUUUUGGAAGUGAUACACUCACAGAUUCUUUAUGAUCGCAUGUAUCGUGGUAAUCUUGAUAUCCUGGAUAAGAUUGGGAAAGAGGAAGAAGACAGGAUGGUGGAGUUCAGAAAGGAUUUGUUUGUGCUGCUGCGUAGUGUGGGUCGUGUAGCUCCUGAUGUUAUUCAGGUAUUUAUCCGAAAUUCAAUUGCUAGUGCUAUUGCAUGUCCAUCAGACAGGAAUGUUGAAGAGGUGGAAGGUGCACUCUCUCUUUUCUAUGCAUAUGGUGAAUCAAUUACUGAUGAGGCCAUGAGAACUGGAACUGGACUUUUGAAUGAGUUGGUGCCAAUGCUUUUAUCUUCAAGAUUUCCUUGCCACUCUAAUAGGCUAGUUGCACUUGUGUACUUGGAAACAAUAACAAGAUAUUUGAAGUUUGUUCAGGAGAAUACCCAAUAUAUUCCUAUGGUGUUGGGUGUUUUUCUUGAUGAAAGGGGUAUACAUCAUCAAAACAUCAAUGUAAGUCGAAGGGCAAGUUAUCUGUUCAUGAGGGUUGUGAAGUUACUGAAAGUGAAACUUGUCCCCUUUAUAGAGACAAUUUUGCAGAGCUUACAGGACACAGUUGCACGGAUCACAAGUAUGGGUUAUACGUCAAAAGAGGCUUUGGGAUCAGAAGAUGGUAGUCACAUUUUUGAGGCAAUCGGUUUAUUGCUUGGGAUGGAUGAUGUGCCACCAGCAAAGCAAUCUGAUUAUCUUUCUUCCCUGCUCACUCCUCUUUGCCAACAGGUUGAGGCAUUACUCAUGAAUGCCAAAGUAUUGAGCCCGGAAGAGAGUCCUGUAAAAGUUGCUAAUAUUCAGCAGAUAAUCAUGGCAAUUAAUUCGCUCAGCAAGGGCUUCAGUGAGCGUCUUGUAACUCAUAGUCGUCCUGCAAUUGGACUCAUGUUUAAGAAGACACUGGAUGUUCUCCUCCAAGUGCUUGCUGUAUUUCCAAAGGUGGAGCCUUUGCGAAGUAAGGUGAUUUCAUUUAUGCAUCGCAUGGUUGACACGUUGGGAGCAUCGGUCUUUCCUUGCCUUCCAAAGGCGAUGGAGCAGUUGCUUUCAGAAAGUGAGCCAAAGGAGAUGGUUGGUUUGCUUUUAUUACUUAAUCAACUAAUAUGCAAGUUUGGCACCUCUGUCCGUGACAUAUUGGAUGAGGUAUUUCCAGCUAUUGCUGGUAGGAUAUUGAGUGUUAUCCCAAGUGAUGCAUUUCCAUCUGGACCUGGAACCAAUACUGAGGAGUUUCGAGAGUUGCAAGAACUUCAGCGGACUCUAUAUACAUUUCUUCAUGUCAUAGCCACACAUGAUCUUUCUUCCAUUUUCCUAUCUCCUAAGAGUAGGGAAUACUUGCAACCUCUGAUGCAGAUGCUUUUGUAUACAUCUUGUAAACAUAAGGAUAUUCUUGUCAGAAAGGCAUGUGUUCAGAUAUUUACUAGAUUAAUUAAAGAUUGGUGUGCCAGGCCAUAUAGUGAAGAAAAGGUUCCUGGUUUCCAGAAAUUUAUGAUAGAAGUCUUUGCAACAAAUUGUUGUUUGUACAGUGUACUUGACAAAUCCUUUGAGUUUCGCGAUGCCAAUACUCAUAUUUUGUUUGGAGAAAUUGUGGUGGCUCAGAAGGUCAUGUAUGAAAGAUUUGGUGAUGAUUUUCUAGUUCAUUUUGUUUCUAAAGGUUUUCCAGCAGCACAUUGCUCCCAGGAUUUGGCAGAGCAAUAUUGUCAGAAAUUGCAGGGCAAUGAUCUCAAGGCAUUAAAAUCAUUUUACCAGUCACUUAUUGAAAAUUUAAGGCUUCAGCAGAAUGGGAGUCUUGUUUUCAGAUAGCACUAUUAGGAUAGGCAAAUGACAUACCUGUUUUUUAUUUUCCCUGAAUUUUGGUGCGGUGCAAUUUUUUGUUCAUCAAAGGGUAAUUUCUGUAUAUAAGCUUUUGUGCGGCUAUCUCUUGAACGAGUUUGUAUAUUUACGGAAGAAAUUUUGUUACAUCCAUCACCCUGGAGCUGCCUAGUCUGAUAAGUUCAAAGGUUUAUGGUUUCGGUCUGCAUUGGUUCUAAUUUUUUGUUCUUUUUCUUUUUCAGCUUGAUGUAUACAUUUUCUUUUAAUUUUAUUUAUUGGAUAUUCAUUUUAUACGAAUUCCAAUGUUCGAUUGUCUUAUGUUUUAAUGUUGUUUACUAAGCUAAUAAUAAAAUUGUUUUAACGUUGGCA